AUGUUCGAGAAAAAGUUCAACAUUGAAGUACAAACUUUACAGCCUUUACGUGAGUUUUUUGCACAACUGAAAGAAGAAGGUAGUCAGCCACAACUUAUAGACUUUCAUUAUGAAUUUAAUGAAAAUGAAGAUGGAACUCAUGACUGUCAAUUCAUUGUAUUCUCACCAUUCAAUGAAGUAGCUAAAGAGAAAGAAAAUCCAUUACGUAUAAGAUUUCAAAUCUCUGAACCAAGUGAUGAUUUCAAGAAUGUUUUCAAUUAUGAUGCAAUGCUUCCGAGGAAAAAUGAAUUUUCAAAGAUUGUAACACCUGGCAUUUGGGAUAGAAAGCAAGCUAUAUUAUAUUCAAACUUAAGUAAGGGAGUUGAAAAUGAGUUCAUUGGUCAUACAAGAACUUCACCACUUCCUAACCCUAAAUACUAUAAAUUAACUGGCUUCAAUCGUGAGUUUUGGAUAGACAUGUUCUCCACUCAUGACCAUAACUGCCCAGUGUUCUUACCUCCAGACCAUAAGGACUGUCUCUACAUUGAAGCACAACUCUUAAACUCUACCAUCGCAGUAUUGUAA